AUGUCCAUCAGCCCUAUCCUAACCCGCAUCGACACCCUCAUCCACAAUCUUCUCCAACAGCUCGUCGAGCAAACUCGAUUGCUCUCUUCCUCCCCUUCUCCCUCCUCCUCCACCUCAUCCUCCUCGCAGUCCACGCAGAGUAGCAGUGACGAUUCCCCGCCUCGACCAGCGAAGCGUAGACGAGAGUCAAGUCUCAAACCGCAGCCUGUGACUUUACUCACUUUCUCGCCUCCCGCUGGCGAUGGGGGGGAAGUAAAGAAAAAGAACCCGGUCAACUUCCCGACGAAGAGCGCUGUUGGGGUGCGACGAUUUGCGCAGUAUUUGAAGAUUCUAGAAUUGGUACAGAUCAAUCUGAAACGGGGGACGAUUGUUACUAAACGGUUCAUUGUGCUGAUGAGUCGAUUGUGGGAGGACAGGGAUAUCUACUACACAACUCUCAGCAGCCGUCUCUUUCCAUCGCAGCAAUCAUCUGAUCGAAUCAUAGAUCAAGUUUGCGCCCUGCUAGGCUGUGCUGAUCGAAGCGAGCUUGCAAUCGUUGCUAGUCCGCGCGGACUUUUCUCCGGGUCCCUCACCCUAUCUCCCCCUUCCGGUCAGGGUAUAGUACAAUGCUUUUCGGGUCUCCCAACUUUGAUUCCCACCGAGAUCAACGCGGAAACCUGGCGCGCAACCAUACCCUGCACUCACGAAACCGAAUUUUGCAUUGGGCAUGUAGUGGUGGUGGUGGAGAAAGAAGCAGUGUUCAAGCACCUAAUUCAGCACCCCACAGUGGCGAGACAGUGGGUGGUGGUUACUGGUAAAGGUUAUCCCGACCACGCGACAAGAGCGUUGAUUCAGAUUCUGGGAGCAGAGUUGGAAUGUGAAAAGGGUGGGGGAGUGAGGAUGGUGGGAGUGUUUGAUUGUGAUCCGUAUGGGAUUGAUAUUCAUCGUCAGUAUGUGCAGGUUUGUGGUGGAGUUGAGUGGGUUGGGGUUGAGUUGGACGACUUUUUGGCGCAAAAUGACAGCGAGCAGGCUAGCCAGCUGGUUCAACUGAGAGCGGAUGAAAGGGCAAAGGCGGUUCGAAUGCUUCGCACUCUCAUGGGAACAAGUGCUGAUGAAGAAUUAUGGAGAACAAAGUUGACGAACAUGCUUUUGACGGGGUACAAGGUCGAAAUUGAAGCAGCCUACACUUUCGCCGUUGGAGGGCUGGUCGGGUAUCUUCAGCACAAGCUUUCCACACGACAGACCAUGAUGUAA